AUGGCAGACAGGAACCUCGGUCAACAAAACCAAUCAUCAAAGAUAUUCAAUGGAAGUAAUCCGCUCAACAAUGGUACCAAUCCUGACGACCUUGUCUUAUCUGAAAUUGAAAAUUACAUUUACAUGAUCCUUUUCCCUACCAUAUCGUUUAUGGGAAUUGUUGGUAACCUCUCAUCGUUUAUGAUAUUGCUAAGACUUUCCAAUUUGUCGUCAUUCUACAUGUAUCUUGCGUGUCUUUCUUUAUCAGACGUGGUGGUAUUAUCAAUAGGCGGAAUCUACCGAUGGCUGAUGAUGACCGUAUUGAGUUUUGAAACCAAUGGACCAAUAGUUUGCUCUGUGCCAUUUGCCUUCUUGAUGCUAUUUUCUGCUUUAUCUGCAUGGAUCACAGCGACUGUCUCUGUCGAUCGUUACAUAGCUGUCUAUUAUCCUUUUAAAGUCAACCAGUACUGCACUAGAAAGCGAGCAUUGAUUUUUGUCGUUUUGGCGUUUCUGUUACUGCUCGCCAUCAAUUUUCCUACGAUUUGUUAUGAAUGGAAUGAUGAUAAUUCAUCUUGUAUCACACCAGAAUUCACCAAUGACUAUUGCCUUGAAUACAUCAAUUACAUAGAUUUGUCUGGAUACGUUGCAAUCCCCUUCUGUUUCAUCUGCAUUUUCAAUAUUUUGAUUAUACGGGGAAUAUAUAACGCUGCUACUCAGAGACGCAGACUGACUUCAGUCGGCCAUCGUACUACCUCCAUUAUAAAGGAGUCCACCAAAAGAACAGUGAAAGUGCUAUUCGUAGUUACAACAUUCUUUACCGUCUGCUACCUUCCAUUUGCUGUUGCAUCUUUCUACGGGAUAUUUUACGGUAAAAGUUGGUUUCAGGUCAAGGAACAGGUGCCACUAGCUGACGCUAUUAUACACACAGCUAUUCUUAUGAACCAUGCUUUCAAUUUCGUUCUGUAUGGAGUGUCAGGACAGCAGUUCCGAGAGGACAUUGUCGCUCUAUUUUGUUGUCGACGUGCUUUGUCAAGGUGA